AAAAAAAAAAAAAAAGGGAAAAAAAUGAGAAGGCUAAUAAGUGAGAAAAAGAAUUCUCUGAGAGGAGUUUCAGAGAACCUCCCCCACCCUUCACUUCUCACUCACCUGUACUUUUUUCUUUUGCCUUUUUUCAAAAUUUUUUCCAGCUCUUUCUGAAGGUUAGGGUUUCUCAGACCUGAAAAAGCAAUUUAAAAAUGGAAAUUAUUUAUUAUAAUUCUCUGUAAUAGGUUAAUUUUGACGCAAUAUCCGCUUUACGUAUCUCGCUCCAUUACUUAAUUCGUUGAAUCUUAGCCCCUAAGUUUCACUUCUAGCUUGAAGCCUUUUUUUGUCGUCGUUGUUAUUUUUGGAGAAACUGAAAUCUUUUGCUUUUUCAGAAAGUUCUCAACGCUUUUCGCACUUGUUGUUCGCUUCUUCUACUUCGACUUUCUUCAGCAUUUGCUAAUUUCUUAAAGCUCCAUAUCUUCUCUAUUGCAAGAUGUAUUCGUGAACUGGGAAAAGGAGCUUUUAGAGAGAUUACAAAGGAGUUUUGGGAUCAAUGGGUGAGAAUAGAUCUGUGUUGAAGUGGAAGAACUUGAAGAUCUGUGAAAAGUUGUUGUUUUGGUCAGUAUUGAUCUGCUUGGUUCAAUUAUCGCUUGGAGUCACGAAUCCCGAUGACGUGGCUGCAAUUAAUAAGUUGUAUGCGGCACUGGGUUCUCCUGUUCUGCCCGGAUGGACCGCAUCCGCGGGAGAUCCUUGCGGUGAAGCAUGGCAAGGCGUUCAAUGUAACGAGACAAGCAUAUUGAGAAUAGUUCUUAAUGCUGCUAAUCUGGGAGGAGAAUUGGGCAAUGAUCUUGGAGCGUUCACUUCUAUCAGAGGAAUAGAUCUAAGCAAUAAUCACAUUGGGGGUAGCAUUCCAUCCAAUUUGCCGGUUACCUUGCAAACCUUUUUUCUUUCAGCUAACCAAUUUACUGGAAGCAUCCCUGAUUCUUUAUCGUCAUUGAAUCAGCUCACAGACAUGUCUCUUAACAACAACCUUUUAACGGGAGAACUUCCAGAUGCUUUUGAAGCACUCACUGGGUUGAUAAAUUUGGAUUUGUCCAUUAACAAUUUGAGUGGGGAACUGCCACCCUCAUUAGCAAGUUUGUCAUCUAUAACCACUCUACGUUUGCAGAACAAUCAACUCUCUGGAACCCUGGAUGUCUUGCAAGAUCUUCCCCUUAAAGAUUUGAACGUAGAAAAUAACCUUUUCUCAGGACCAAUCCCAGAGAAGCUUCUUGCCAUCCCGAAUUUCAGAAAAGAUGGAAAUCCAUUUAACUCUACAGUUGCUCCAUUACCUCCACCUCCGUCUUCGUCAACCCUUCCAUCACAGCCAACACCAUCACCACCUAUUUCUGGGGCUCCGUCUUCUGGGAAAACACCUGCAAAACAAGCUGAUGGACCCUCUGCAUCUGAGGCUUCACAUUCUGGUGGAUCGAAGAAAAGUGUUAGCAGGGUAGUUUGGAUAUCAAUUGCUGGGGUUAUAUCAUUUGUGGUUUUGGUGCUAUUACUCUUCCUUUGCAUUCCAAGGUGUACCCGACAAAGAAGAGCUGCUGAUAGAGUUUCCAAGACACAUCGAAUAGGUGCAUAUCAAGGGGACAGGGACAGUUCUCCUAGGGACAAUGGCUCCUUGGUUCAACCAAGUAAUCAAGUGCAGAAAGAUCCAAAAGAAGUAGUUGUAAGGCCCAAGGAGAAUCAGCAAACAGACGCCAGAAGAAUGGGAGCAAUUCCGAAGCACCAUAAUGAACAAGAGACAAAUGUGCAAAGAAUAGGCACAGCACCAAAGCGGGAGGAUCACAAGAUAGAUUUUGGCGUACUUGAUGAAUACUUGAUGCCUCCUCUUCCUCCUCCGCCUCCCCCUCCCCCACCUCCUCCCCCUCCACCUCUUCCUGAGAAGGUCAUCGUGGAGCCCAUGGUACCGUUUGAAAUGCCUGCAGCGAAGCCUUCCAUGAAAGCUCGUAAUCCUGCCACUUCUGCGAAGUUUUACAGUAUUGCAUCCCUUCAGCAAUAUACAGACAGCUUUUCUCAGGAUAAUCUUAUUGGAUCGGGCAUGUUGGGAAGUGUCUAUAGGGCGCAGCUACCUGAUGGAAAGCUACUUGCAAUCAAGAAACUGGACAAGAGGGCUUCUAGUCAGCAAAAGGAUGAUGAGUUUAUUGACCUGGUGAACAAUAUUGAUAGAAUCAGGCAUGCCAACUUAGUUGAGCUCAUGGGUUACUGUGCAGAGCAUGGUCAAAGGCUACUUGUCUAUGAAUAUUGCAGUAAUGGUUCCCUGCAAGAUGCUCUGCACUCGGAUGAUGAAUUUAAAAGAAGGCUUUCAUGGAAUUCUCGCAUUAGAAUGGCACUUGGAGCUGCAAGAGCCUUGGAGUAUUUGCAUGAGAUUUGCGAGCCACCAGUUGUACACAGGAACUUCAAGUCUGCCAAUCUUCUCCUUGAUGAUGACCUUUCUGUGCGUGUAUCAGAUUGUGGUUUAGCUCCCUUAAUAUCAUCGGGAUCUGUGAGCCAGCUGUCAGGACAUUUGCUAUCAGCUUAUGGUUACGGAGCUCCAGAGUUUGAGUCAGGAAUUUACACUUCCCAGAGCGAUGUUUACAGUUUCGGAGUGGUUGUGCUAGAGCUUUUGACAGGACGCCAGUCUUAUGACAGGAACCGGAGUCGUGGAGAGCAAUUUUUGGUCCGAUGGGCGAUUCCCCAGCUUCACGACAUUGAUGCAUUGUCAAGGAUGGUAGAUCCUUCUUUGGUCGGACAGUACCCUGCAAAAUCCUUGUCGCACUUUGCCGACAUUAUAUCUCGUUGCGUUCAAUCUCAGCCAGAAUUCAGACCACAAAUGUCUGAAGUUGUCCAGGACAUAUUAGACAUGAUUCGGAGAGAGCCUCAUGGCAGCGGUGCCAGCGGAUCAAAUGAAGACUAGAUUGGCAAGAGUGAUAAAACUGGUGACUAGCUUAUUAUGAACGAUGAAGAUUCAGAAGCUGAAACUGAUGGAACCAAAAAAGGGUCCAUCACAUUACAGAUAUGAAGAUUUAUCAGACAAAUUCCCUAUACUAACGCAGAUCAGAUUUGACCACUCCAAGCUCUUUCUCGCGCAGGGGAAUCAUUUUCUGGUCAUCACAAGGAGCCCUAUGGUCGGUUGCGAGAAAUUCAGAAUUUUGUUGCCAAUUGUUUUGUAAUCAUUCUAUUCUUCAUUAACUAUGCAAAGCUUGUUUAUAACAUAAGAGCUAACCCAAUCGUUUGGUGGUUAUUGUUUGUUACUACUAAUUCUUGAUAAUGGAAAUUUUUUUCCCCGUGUGUA